AUGUCAAAGGCUUGGUUCAGUCACAUAGAAUCUUAUUUCGUCAAGGAGGGUUCCAAGAGCAGUUCUAGUGAACAAACCUUAUUUGUCAAGAGGAAGGAAGGUAAAUUUUUGAUUGUUUGCAUAUAUGUUGAUGAUCUGUUAUUUAUUAGUGAUGAUAAAGAUCUAUUUAAUGAGUUCAAGUGUUCCAUGAAGAAUGAGUUUGACAUGACAGAUUUAGGAAAAAUGAGAUAUUUCCUUGGAAUAGAAGUGGCGCAUAGAGGUGAUGGAAUAUUUAUAUGUCAAAAGAAAUAUGAUGCUGAAGUUAUUGACAUAUUUGGAUUGCAAGACUACAACUCUGCUUGCAAUCGAAUUGUUCCAGGACAAAAAGUUGGCCGUGAUGAAACUGGUGUGAAAAUCGAUCCAACCGUAUACAAGCAAAUAGUGGGUAGCCUAAUGUAUCUCACUGCAACAUGUCCUGAUCUGAUGUUUGUGGGAGAAAUAAGUAAUGUCAUAGCCUAUACUGAUAGUGACUAUGUAGGGGAUAUAAAUGAUAGCAAGAGCAUAUUAGGUUAUGUGUUUCUAAUAAGUGAAGGAGGUGUAGCAUGGUCCUUAAGAAAACAGCCCAUCAUAACUCUUUUGACCACUAAAGUUGAAUAUGUGGUAGCUGCCACAUGUGCAUGUUAA